CAACAGCAUUUGGUAGUACACCCAGCAGUAAUGCAUAUGGUGGAUUAUUUGGAGGUACAAGCCAAACUGGAACAAGCUCUCUUUUCUCCUCACCAACAACUGGAAAUGCUUUUGGAGCUAAACCUGGAUUUUCAGGUAAGUAGGAAAUGGGGGUCUCUUAUAUCUAUAUGUCAAAAUUUAUUAAAUAUUAGUAAUUGUAUAUCUUUAAGUGACACAAUAGUUGUCUUCAUUACCAUCCUGAUCCAGCAGCUACUUGGUUUAAGUGCCCUUUGCCCAAGGCCAUGGGUAAAGGACAUGUGAACAUUCAGCAGCUGUUCUUUGCUAUUGUACUGGGGUUGGUGUAUUCUAUCAUUUAGCUGAUUUUUUUAUGCACAUAUUUAUUGUUGUCUCAAAUUUAACAAUGUAUAUGUCAUUUACAUUUUUCACAUUUUUACCUUAUCUACAGGGUUUGGGAGCACCCCAAGUAGCACAAGCACUGGUGGCUUAUUUGGAAGUAGCACUGGUGGAUUGUUUGGGAGUAACACAGGAAGUGCAACCCCAUCUUUAUUUGGCCAGUCAUCAGCCACUGGGGCAUUCGGAGGUGCAUCAGCUGCUGCGGCUAGUGGGGGCACCACAAUUCCUUUCAAUCCACCCCCUGGUCAAGACACAAUGAUGAAAAGUGGUGUGACCACUAAUAUUAAUACAAGACACCAGUGUAUCACAGCCAUGAAGGAUUACGAAAACAAAUGUUUAGAGGUACUGGGGUUCAAGGUCUUACAAUUUAAAUAUUUAUAUGAGUGGAAUUUUCAUAGUUACUGAAGUCAUUUUAAGUUUUAUUAUUGAUCCUUUAAUCAACAAUAAUUAAAUCAACUGACUUGUGUCUUAUCAUCCACUGAAUCCAUUCUUUUCUCUGUGUUACCUCAAUCAUCGAGACACAUUGAUAUAAUUUUAUUAGGAACUCAGGUUUGAAGAUUACACUGCAAAUCGCAAAGCCAAACAGGCAGGCUCAACAAGCACUGGGGGGUUAUUCAGCCAAACACAAGGGACCCAACCCACAGCAGGAAGUGGUUUUGUGUUUGGUGGAGGCCUAGGCUCCACACUGCAACCCUCCAACACAACAGGAUUUGGAGGUAAUUUUAUUGAAAGAACAUAUGGACAUACUGUUAUUAUUUGCUAUUUUUAAGAUUCUACAAUUUUUUUUAAAAAAAUUGUGCUGUUUAUUUGAACUUUUCAUCCUUGUAUGGACAGGGUUUGGAAAUACAAGUACCCUGUCAACAGCCUCAACUUUCAACCAGAAUAGAUCCUUGUUUGGGACAGCCACUACAACCCAGUCAGGCUUUGGUGGGUUUGGUAGCACAACAGGCACUCAGCAGUCCACUUCUUUGUUUGGUGCUAGUGCUGCUAAGGUAAGUUUUAAGACAGUGUCCUGUAUAUUUGUGAUUAUCUUUUUCGUUUAACAUUUUAUUUCAAAUUUUUUAUUAAGUCCAAAAGACAUCCAUUUCACAUUGACUCAUCAUUAAUAUUCAAGAUUGGAUUUACUUUUGAGUAAUGUAAUAAACUUUUUGAUAAAAUUUAUCACACACAGGGACAUUCACAGGUUCAGAUGAAAAGUGUAUGGGGUAUUAUGAAUGGUUUCUUUUUAUGCCAGUGGUUCCCAAACUUUUCUUAUUCUCUGAACCCUUGCUGAAUCUGGUUUUUCCCCAAUGUGCCACAAGCCUAAGUUCACAACAAAAUGAGACUUUAAAAAAAAAAAAAAAUUUAAGUGUUGGGUAAAAAUGAAUUACAAAACAUUCAAGAUAAAAAUAAAAAAAAAUGUCAUAAAACUAGAAUGGAUGAGCUUGUUGAUCACAUCACAUUUUUUCUGAUUUUUUUUGCAUGAUGCUAAGUUUUAUGACAUUGACAGCCAAAAACUCAGGUUUGAACGGUUUGACAGGUCACAGAUGGGGUUGAAUUUUUAGAGCUUCAUCAUUCAGAAGGGAAUAUUCACAUUUUAAAGAUAUCCAAAACUCAUUUAAUUCCAUGCUCCCAUAUUUUAUUGUAAACUAAUUGUCACAAGACAGCUAGUUAAUAAUGCUUUAAUCCAUUGACUUAUGAUUCUGUUAAAAUUUAUACACUUAAUUGCUGUAGAGCGCCAUCUAGUAACUGUUUGUAAAGGCUACUUCUAAAAGUUAUUACAAAGUGAGUUAUUGGGCUGGAUCAUGUCUGCUAGGUGUAGCGUCCUAUCACAUUAAAAUAAAAUGGGGGAAAAUUAAGAAUAUUUUGUUAUAUAUUGUGAGGAAGCACACUUUGAGAACCACUGACUUAAAGGUUAAAAACUUGAUUGUAAUUCUUUGUGUGUUUCUUCAAUAGAGUUUAAAUGCUUUAAAAAUGCUUUCUUCUACAAAGCCCCUGUUUGGUACUACAGGAACUAGCCAACCUUCUGGAGGUUCAUUCUUUCAGACUUCAACCUCUAAUCCUAUUGGAUUUGGAACCAAUACACAAAGUGUAAGCAACACUGUUUUUGUUAAAAUAAUUGUUAUAGUUAUUGUUCAUAAUUGAUACGCAUGGGAUAAUUAAAUGACUCAACUUAUGUCAGCAAUAUAUGGUUAUUUUUGAUAGAAAGAAAUAUAAACGAUCUGCAGAAUGUUAAAAAAUGUUGGAAUUUAUAAAAAGUCAUUAUACCACUCCCUGGAACGGAAAACUAAAUUUUAAAGCAACAGAAAGAUAAUCAAAAAACCUGAGAUCAUCUUAAGAGCUCUAGUGUGUCCCUCCUCCAUGAAUGCAAAAUAAUUUGUAAUCCAAAAAUGUUAGGUCUUCAUCAUUAUAUACCGCUAUAUUUUUUGCACCACAGGGUGGCUUGUUUGGAGCACCAAAGCCAGCAGGAUUUGGCACAGCAACAACUUCAUCCAUUGGAUUUGGAACACAAACUACAUCAUCCAUUGGAUUUGGAGCAGGAGGAAAUUUAUUUGCCAAGCCUGCCUCUACUGCAUCGACAUUUGGUGGCUUUGGUACAAAUGCAAAUACUGGGGGUUUUGGAACAAAUACUAGUACAACUGGAUUUGGAAGUAUGUUAUCAUAAACAAUGUAAUUAUGGAGUUAUUAUGUUUGAAAUCUUUCAAUGUUAUUCAUCCAUCCCUGUGGUGCUACAGCCCAUGUAGGGCUUUGGCCUGCCUCACUACUUCCUUCCACUCAGACCUAACUGAUGCUUUUUCCUGCCUAGCGUAUUCUACCCUUAUUUAUUUCUGCUACUAGGGUGGGAUCCUGAAUAAAGACUAUACAAGUCCAGAAAGACAGCCCUUUUGUGAACUACAUAAAAAAUAUGUAUGUUAAACAAUGUUAUCAUUGAUCUCUUUUAAUUAGGUACGUCUGGUGGCUUAUUCAGCAUGAAACCUACUGGAUUUGGAGCUGCCACUACUGCUUUGGGUACUGGAACACCUUCAAUCGGAUUUGGAGCAGGGCUUGGCACCGGGACAAGCACAGGUGGAUUCGGAGCAACUGCUGCCAAACCUGCAUUUGGGGCAUUCAACUUUGGAACUGCUGCUCAAGGAAAUACAGGUAUGCGUUCACCAUAUAUUGACUGGUAGGCUGUUCCCAUAGAUUCCUCUUUCUGUCUUCUAGGAUAGAACAUUUUAGCUGUGUUUAUUUUUAAUUUUUAUAUUGUCGUUACUUUUUUGUUCACUGUGGGCGGCUAUUUUGACACGUUCUUUGUGUUGUUUCACCCUUUUUUUUUUCAAGUUUUCCCAUACCUAGUUUCACAUAUUUCGUACAAUAGAUUGAUUGAUAGAUUGUAACCAUAGAUUGACAGGUAGACUGUUAUCAUUGGAUAGAAACAAACCUUUCAUUCUCACCUCACUAAUUGGCAUUUUUAAUGCUUUAGUAAUUCUUGUUGUUGCCUUGUUUCAAUUACAUUUUGAUUAUAUUGUUAUGAUUUGUUGCAUCUGUAUGUUUUAAUGCAGGUUUUGGCAGCACACUAAACACAGGCUCUAACCCUGGAACAUUUAGUCUUGGUGCUGGGACUUCCAUGUUAGGCGCACAGUAAGUACAUUCUUGAGUAGCUUCUUAACUAACAAGCAACAAAAACAUGCCUUACUUGUCAUUUAUGUGCUUUUUGUUAAUGUCUUCUGGCAUCUGUAUUAAUUUUUGUUUAUAGAUCAACUGCACCCCCCCAAGUUCAAAAUACCCAGCAUCUCUUGGCUCUGGCUAACUCACCUUAUGGAGACAACCCAUUGUUUUGGAAUUUAAAACAAGUAAGGGUACAAAUAAUGUAUUUGUAAGAAGUAAGCUUAAUUCAUAAAUAAUCCAUGAAUUGUUGUAUAUACUUUAUGUUCAUUCAAAACUGAUACUUACAUCUGUUUAUUGCAGCAGAGUAAAGAGAGAAGAGAGGAAGCCUUAAAACCAACCAAUCCCAAUGCACAGAAAGCUAUGCUCUCAUCUUCUAACCAGUACAAAGUCAGCCCUCGGCCAACAACAAAAAUUAAGCCUAAAUCUCUACAUAACCUCAUUGCUGGAGGAAAGGUACAGCUGACUAUUUAUACAACUUGUUCACAACAAGGAAGAUUUUUUUUUUAUAUCCAUCCUAAUAAGAACAAUAACAUCCUCUCAUUUCAUUCUUGAUAUUGUAGAGUAACUGUUGACAUGGUCAUGCCUGUCCCAUUCUCUUUCCCACUCCUUUUCCUGACCUCCCCUUUAAUGUAAUAUAUCACACCCUGUCACUAUCAUAUUAUGCUAGCUACUGGCAAGUUAAGUUCAAGUUUUCUCAUUCUUUUUCAAUUCUUGUUUGUCUUCUGAGAAAGGCUUCUAGUCGAUAUGCUCAUUUGAUUUUUCUGUCAUUUACUUUUAAGCUUUCACCAAUCCUGUUCUACUUUACCUUUUAAUGUGUUGCAGAAUUGUUAAUUAAUAUUUUUAUUUGCUUGUAGGCAAAAUUAUUUGAAGGACUCGAGGAUGAGGAUUUCAGCAAUGGUGAGGACACAUUUGUCCCACGCAAGAGUGUCAAAAAGCUGGUUCUGCGCAAAGGAUCGGGAAACAAAUCUAUUUCAAGCUCAGCUUCAGUUUACAGCGAUCCUGGUGGUGACUUCAGUCAGCUCAAUGAUUCUAGCAAUAACCAGAGUCCAUUACCUGUACCCAUCACAAGGUAAUUUGGCUGUCACUCUAUCUGAUUAAACAUUAGUUUGAUUGAAACCUUAUCAUUUAUGUCAUAUGCCAUUUUUGUCAGCUCUGUUGUUUUUUUGUUUUUUUUUGUGGGAUUUUUUGGCCCUAAAAAGCAACAAAGCAAUGAGCUGCUGUGGUGGUGGUGAGGGAGAGCAUGCAGGAAACAUGGCCUCUAUCUGCAUAAUUAAAAUGUUAUGCUUAUCUUUUGCACUUUUUAACUUUUUAUGUUUUUAGAUAAAAUGUCAUUUAUUUAAGAUGUAAUGAUACUUUAAUGGUCCAUGUGUUAUACAGGGCAUUGAAUGUAUUGCAACAACAUGAUAACUCAAUAGACAAUGAAGCAGAAGCCAUCAUUCACAGACCAAAUACCCCGCCUAAUAGGAAAAUUCAAAUUCAUCAGUAAGUUUAAAUAAUUUUUCAAUACUAAUGUCUGCCAUAAUGACUCAAAAAAAUCAUUGGAGUAUGAAAUUUUUUGUUUCUUCCGCUUAGUUUUUUAGUACCAGUAAAUAUUUUGAGCAUGAAAUUAUUUUUCUUUUUGGAAGGGGUGCGUGAUUAUAUGUGUUAAAACUUGUAUAUUCUGGGUUAAAAAGUAAUUGUGUUAAUAUCCAUCAGAUUAGUAUAUUUUUUAAUAUGUGAGGCUCUUUUGAAAAGGCUUAAGAAUUUUGAUUGUAAUUUACAGCAAUGAAACUUCGAUUUUUCUUAACUUUAAAGGGGUUCUUAACCUUUAUGUAAAAAUGCAAGAUUAAGUCUGCAUGUGAGAUACUAGUUUUAACAAUAAUGAUUUUAACAUAAAAUUAUUAACUUUUGUUCUUAUUCUUGGUCUUUAUGAAUUACAGACGGCAUUAUUUCUGCUUUUAAAACAAUGUCCUGUUAUUAAAAUAAGCUAAAACUGACUUGCUCUCUAAGCGUAUUUGUUAAUUCCACUUAUUACAUACGGAGUAUUGCUAAUAUAGUGCACACCAUUUUUUUAAUCUACUUGACAUGAAGGAACGGGUCUAUUGAUAUCUAUUCUAUUGUUGCAGAGACAUGAGCCUAGAUGACAGCAUUGCUGUCUUGAAUGGUAAGACCAAUACCAACAACAGGCUCACUGCUGCUGAUACUACUACUUCUUUCCUUGACACCUCUGAUCUGGACAACAGCUGUUUGGUAAGCCUACUUCAUAUUUCUAGGGAUUUUAUUUAUAUAUAUAUAUAUAUUACUUUAUCUGUUGGCAGAAAAGUUUUCAAAUACAUUUUUAAUUCAUAUAGAUCCUUAGAUUUUUCUGUGGAUACAUUUUUUAUUGCUCAUGUAGAGAUGUUAAGAUCACAGAAAGUUCAUAGAGCUUAAAUACUUCUUCAGCCUGUGGACAGGAGCACCCCACAUCCCACAGGUGUGACACUGACUCGUCCUGGCUACUACACCAUUCCGUCCUUGGAUGAAUUGAUCAACUUAAUUGAUGAAAAUGGGGACUGUUUUGUUGAAGAUCUCACUAUUGGAAGAGUUGGCUUUGGCAAUGUUUUCUUCCCUGGUAUAACAAAUGUGGCUGGUCUAAAUCUUGAUGACAUUGGUAGGUAGUAUGUUGCCACCACCAUAAUUAUAAUGGAAAAUUAAAACAUUUAUUAAUCAAAUAAGUAUUUAUGUUAUGGGGGCAAAUCAUGUAAAUUUCACACUUUGAAACACAUUCCUUUCUGGUAAUGUGCAAUUUCUCUUAUUUCUGUCAGUUCACUUUAGACGAAAAGAAAUAGUCGUGUAUCCAGAUGAUGACAAGAAACCACCCCUAGGUCAGGGGUUAAAUAAAAAGGCUGAGGUCACACUGGACUUUGUGUGGCCAACAGAUAAAUCAAACAAAACUCCUAUCAAAGUGGGUCAAACUUCUUAAUUGUGUAUUUACUUAGGUGUCAUUACUAAAAUGUUGACAUAUUAUCAAACUUACAUUUACACUUUCAUUUGAAGUAUGGUCAUUUUUUAAAUAUUUGCUUCAUUAAAUUAUAUGUAGAGCCCCGAAAGAUUGAAGUCUAUCAACUACACUGAACGGAUUGAAGAAACAACAGCGAAAAUAGGAGCAAAGUUCAUCGACUACAGACCUGAAACAGGUUCUUGGGUUUUCCAAGUAAGCUUUAUUUAGAGUAUGAAUUUCCUUUGAUCCAUAUAUUUUGUUGUCAUUUGGUUACUUGUUUUCUGUUCACUGUUUAGCAUAUUUCUGUGAAAAGAACUAAGCUUUACUUUUAGAUACAUUUUGUGUCUAAUUCUUGUCCUGUCAUUUAAGUCUUAUAAAAUCAUCACACACACACCUAGAAUAUUUGAAGUCUUUAAUUCUCUCAAUAUUUCAUUGUUCAAUUAUUAUUGUAAAAAUUGAAAUUGUAACUAUUGUAUAGUUAUCUAUCUAAAAGUGUAUUCUAUUAAAAUUGAAUUAAAAAAUGUACACUACAGUUGUUUUUUAAAAAUAUUUUACUAUUUAAAUGAACAACCUGGUCUUUUGCAGGUCAGCCAUUUCUCAAAAUAUGGCCUACUGGAUGAUUCAGAUGAUGAGCAGUCUCCUCAACCAGGUGGAGAAAUUUCUAAAGACUUACUUCUGGUGCAG